GAACCACUGUAUCUCUGGAAACAACUAAUAGUCUCUUGGAUUUAUUGUGUUACUAUGGUGACCAAGAGCCCUCAGCUGAUUAUCAUUUUCAACCAAGUGAAAAAUCAGAAGAGCUGGAAGAGGCCAUAGAGAAAAAUAAUGAGAAAUCUAAGAAGAGGACUGGUCAUCAAUUUAGAGUUACUUGGAGGUAUGUUACACAUCACCGAGCUCCUGUGCAGGCAUUAAACUUAUAUACCGAAUUAUUAAACAACAGACUCCAUGCUGACAUACACACGUUCAAUUCAUUGAUUGAAGCAACAGCAGUGAUGAAUGAAAAAUUUGAGGAAAAAUGGAAUAAUAUGUUGGAACUGCUGAAACAAAUUGUUGCACAGAAGUUGAAACCAAAUCUACAGACUUUUAAUACCAUCCUGAAAUGUCUCCGAAGAUUUUAUGCAUUUGGGAAACUGCCAGCCUUACAGACCUUACGUGAAAUGAAAGCCAUCGGAAUAGAACCCUCACUUGCAACAUAUCACUAUAUUAUUCAGCUGUUUUAUCAUUAUGACAGCCCUUCAAAAGGAUCGUCCCUUGUGAUCUAUGAUAUCAUGAAUGAAUUAACGGGAAAGAAAUUUUCCCCACAGGACCCGGAUGACGAUAUGUUUUUUCAGUCAGCCAUGAGAGCUUGCUCCUCUCUCAGAGAUCUGGAACUUGCUUACCAAGUACAUGGCCUUUUAAACACUGGAGACAACCGGAAAUUCAUUGGACCUGAUGUCUUCUUACCACAUUCCCAGACAUUGAUAGAUCUUCUCCAAGCACUGGAUGUGGCCAAUAGGCUGGAAAUGAUUCCUCAGAUUUGGAAAGAUAGUAAAGAAUACGGUCACACUUUUCGCAAUGACCUGAAAGAAGAGAUUCUGAUGCUCAUGGCAAGGGAUAAGCAUCCAGCAGAGCUUCAGGUGGCGUUUGCUGACUGUGCUGCAGAUAUCAAGUCUACUUUCGAAAGCCAGGAUGCCAGACAGACUGCUCCUGACUGGCCAGCGAACGCUCUGAACUAUAUAGCGGUCCUGUUCUUACGGGCUGGGAGAACCCAGGAAGCCUGGAAAAUGCUGGGGCUUUUCAGGAAGCAUAAUAAGAUCCCUAGAAAUGAGUUGCUGAAUGAGUUUAUGGACAGUGCGAAAGCAUCCAACAGCCCGGCCCAGGCCAUUGAGAUCGUGAAGCUGGCGAGUGCCUUCAGCCUACCUACCUGUGAGGGCCUCACCCGGAGAGUGAUGGCUGAUUUCGCAAUCAGCCAGGAACAAAAGGAAGCCCUGGGAAAUUUAACUGCAUCGACCAGUGACAGCAGCAGUGACAGCGACAGUGACAUCAGUGAAGGCAAAUAAAAGUGGGCCAAUCAGGAGCAGUUGGGGCCUGGUGUAGUCUCUGUUAAUUCCACUUGAGAACUGAGGUUUUAAUAUUUAACCAUGAUGUGAAUAAAAUGAGAAUGGAGAUUUGGUGACCUUUGAAAUGCUGACACUGACUAGUUUAGGUUAAAUUCCUAAUUUGAUACUUAAUUAAAGCGCCCAUCAGGGUUUCCCAUUUAAACAGAAGCAACACUAACUACCUUUGUCGUCGUUGGCUCCUUGGACACACACCGUGAGCUGCGAGCUGCGUAAGUCCAGAUUAGCAUACGCUCUGCACCUGCAGUUGGCCUGCGACUCCACAAGGCUAUCAGCUGUCGCUCACCCUCCCUGUGGGAAUGUCAGCCUUUGUUGGCUGAUGCUGUGACGCUGCUGGUACUUCCUCGAUCUUAGAGACAGUGUCUAAAGGAGGUUUUCAUACAGUUACAUCACAGUGGAUUUUGGGUCAACAGUAUCCCAAUUUCAGGGAUAUUUUGAUGUGAAAAAAUUGUAUAUCUUAUAAUCAGUUACAUGACAGUGGCAGUUUAGGCUGCACAACUGGGAAAAUGAAGACUGUAAAUAAAUACUGUAACUAAUGUC